AUGCUUUCCCCAAGCGAGCUCAAAGGCUUGCCUACUCUCCCCGAGGCCGUCGUAGGCUUCGACGAUGGAACCUACUCCGUGUCCUCCCACAAAGAGUCAUCUCUGAUCGCCGAGGGCCCUGAAGUCGUGAACAAGAUCUGGUUCCCCUCUGAAAAGGAAUUGAUCCAGCGGAUCCACAGCCUCCAACUCAUCGCCAAGUCUCACGAUCAAGGCUAUAGCGAUGACGAAUUCUCCGCCAGCUGGACCUGGUUCGAGAUUGCCAUCCUCAAGCAUAAGAACUCGCGCCACCCGAGGGUCAAGGACGGAAUCGAGCUCGUCUGGAACAGCCACCGGAACGCGUUGCGGUCGUCCGAAUUCACCUGGGCAAAGUUUGGCCAAGACCAUGACCUGUUUCGUCUCCUCGAGGACGGAAACGUGCUCGGCAUCCGCCUUUGCGCGAGAUUCCAAAAUUGGGAGAUUGUUGCCAAGAAGGGCUACCUACUCUUCAACAUCGCUUCCGCGAUGACCCGAGACCCUCUGCGAUAUGGCCAGACUAAAGACACGAUUAUGAGCAUCCAAGAGGUGUUUCAAGAAGUCAACAGCAGCAUCUUCCCGGAAUCCAUGCAGAUCUCCACGCCCGACAACGCUCUUCUUUUCCGUGCCGAGAUGCUGACCUCCGUUGGAGAGAGACCUCUCCGUGUUCUCUCACUCGGGACCAAAGAUGGCGGUGGUGUCCGCGGAGUCGCCGCACUCAUGAUCCUCGAAGAGGUUAUGAAAAAGGUUGCUCCUGGCAAGAAGCCUUGCGAGGUUUUCGACAUGAUUGGCGGCACCAGCACCGGAGGGUUUAUUGCCAUCAUGCUCGGUCGCCUACAGAUGAGUAUCCAAGAGUGCCUCACCAAAUACAAAGAGUUCAUGAGUGUCGUCUUCCCCGGCAGUCGAUACACCAACUGGUCGCUCGUUCGCAAGGGUGCCAAGUGGGAUGCCACAGAGCUGGAGAAGGUGAUAAAAAAGCUUGUAAAGGAAAAGCUUCAGACAAACCCAGAUGAAGUAUUACUUUAUGACGAGGAAACAUCCGCCACUUGCAAGGUGUUCGUCAUGGCAACGAGAAGUGAGGGUUCCAAUAACCAAGCUCCUGUCGUCUUCCGCUCAUAUGAGAACUCUCUCGAGAAGUCCGAGUUCGCUGGCAUCAAGCUCUGGGAGGCUGCGAGGGCGACCUCGGCGGCGCCCUCCUACUUUGACCCCCUCAAGGUCGGAGGCCACGAGUUCUUGGAUGGCGGGCUCCAAGCCAAUAACCCCUUGGGAUGGUUAUGGAACGAGGUGCUCAGCGUGUUUGGCCCCGCCCGGUCCACCAGCUGCUUUCUCAGCAUCGGAACCGGCGUGCCCCUACGAGCCGCCGUACACGACCGAAAUGGCCAACAUCCUCUUCCGCUCUCUGCUCAACGCCUUCGCCCCCGCCCCAUGGGAAAGAAGUACUGGAGGUUCAACGUCGGCGACGGACUGCCGGACUGCGUGGAGGAGGACGGGGCGUGGAAGUGGAAACUGCGCGGCCAGCGGGUCGAGGACAAGGUCGGCGAGUUGGACGAUGUCAAGGUCAUUCCCACGACCGAACGGAAAGCAAAGGAGUACAUCCAACACCCGGACGCGCAGAAAAUGAUGGACGAGUGUGCGCAAGCGUUGAAGGAGGAGCAUGUAUCGACCCUCGAUGCCAAAGCUUGA